AACACUCUCCCUCCUCAAUCUUCAUCUCACUCAUUUUUCAAACCAGAAAAACCCGAAACCCUUAGUCUACACAGCUUGUACAAAUGGCAAACCCCAAAAGCCUCUCGCACCCAGCUGCAGUAGUUCUUGCGUUGAUGAUGGUGGCUGUAAGUAUUACUAGUGUGGAUGCUGCAGCCGUCACAUUCAGUGUGAGCAGUUUAGGAGCCAAAGCAGAUGGCAGGACUGACUCCACACAGGCCUUCCUCUCUGCUUGGGCCAAAGCUUGUGCCUCCGUCAAUCCCGCUGUCAUCUAUGUCCCCGCAGGGAGGUUCUUGCUUCGCAAUGCUGUGUUCUCUGGGCCAUGCAAGAACAACGCCAUCACCUUCCGCAUUGCCGGCACCCUCGUGGCCCCGUCUGAUUACCGGGUCAUUGGAAACGCCGAUUACUGGCUUUUCUUUCAGCAUGUCAAUGGGGUCACCAUUUCCGGUGGAGUUCUGGACGGUAAGGGCACCGGCUUGUGGGGUUGCAAGUCCUCAGGCCAGAGUUGCCCCAGCGGAGCAACCACACUGGGUUUUUCCAACUCCAACAACAUUGUGGUGAGUGGAUUAGUAUCACUAAACAGCCAAAUGUUCCACAUUGUCAUCAACGGCUGCCACAAUGUGAAAAUGCAAGGUGUCAAGGUUAUCGCCGCCGGCAACAGCCCCAACACCGAUGGCAUCCAUGUCCAAAUGUCAUCUGGUGUCACCAUUCUCAACUCCAAAAUUUCAACCGGUGACGAUUGUGUCUCAAUUGGCCCCGGCACCACAAAUUUGUGGAUUGAAAACGUGGCUUGUGGACCCGGCCAUGGAAUCAGCAUUGGGAGUUUAGGGAAGGACCAACAAGAAGCCGGUGUACAAAAUGUUACAGUUAAAACAGUUACAUUCACUGGUACUCAAAAUGGCGUAAGGAUCAAGUCUUGGGGGAGACCUAGCACUGGAUUUGCUAGGAACAUUCUUUUCCAACAUGUUGUGAUGACCAACGUUCAAAAUCCAAUCGUUAUAGAUCAACAUUAUUGCCCUAACAACAAAGGUUGCCCCGACCAAGUUUCCGGAGUUAAGGUCAGCGACGUGACAUAUCAAGACAUUCAUGGUACAUCGGCGACGGAAGUGGCAGUGAAAUUCGAUUGUAGUUCCAAGUAUCCUUGCAACAGGAUCAGACUGCAAGAUGUGAAGCUCACUUACAAGAACCAAGCAGCUGAAGCUUCAUGCAGCCAUGCAGGCGGAACAACUGCCGGUACAGUUCAGCCUACAAGUUGUCUGUAACUGGACUUGUGGUUUUUGCCCUCUAGUCCUACUCACUCGUAGAACUAGUUGGUAUAUAGGAACUAAAGAAGGUUACUAGAGUAGUAGCUAGCUAUAGCUCUAGCUCUAGGUCGUUGAUGUAUUGAAAAUGUAUUUUGCUUGAGCUUGCGGUGUUGGUAGCCUAUUGCGCUUCCUUAGAGCCUGGCCUUGCAUCAUCCAAACCCCCUUCAUGGAGAGAGACUCUCCCUUGCAUACGGUGGUUUUAUAUGAUAAAUUGUUGUUAUUUGAAGUGAUAAAUGCAAUAUAAAUUAAAAGUAAA